AUGAAUAAAAUCCAACAAGUUCCGGCACCCACGAUCGAGCAACACGAUCGGUUGGAGACUGUUAUGCAUUUCGGCAUAGCAGUGCAGAAUUUGGUUGACCAUCUCAAAGCAGCGCAGCAGUUUAAUCAUCUAACGAAUCCGGUACUCCUUCAGGAGUUAGUGGAAAAACUGCCAGGCUCAUUACGACUCGAUUGGGCAGUCUACAAAACCCAUCGUCAACCCGUAACACUCGACACCUUCGGGAAAUUCAUGUCGGGUUUGGUGACAGCAGCAAGCGAAGUUUCCUACACCGUGCCGGGAUUCAGCGUUCAGAAACACACCACAAAUUAUGAAAGCAGAACCAUCAAACCGAAGGGUGGAAAUACUGGUAUAAUUCAAGCUCAUCUUGCAGAUAAAACUCCAGCGUCUACGUCCAGCAGCACUCCAGCUAGCACGAAACCCGGCAAGGUAUGCCUCUCGUGCGGUCGUGCGGGCCAUCGUGUGUCUGAGUGCCAUCAGUUCAAUGGUGCCAGUGUAGAUGAACGCUGGAAGUUAGUUAAACAGAAGGCCCUCUGCAGAACAUGCCUGAAUAAUCACGGCAAAUGGCCUUGUCGUUCUUGGAAAGGUUGCGAGGUUGACGGAUGCCGUCAGAAGCAUCAUACACUUUUACACUCGUCUUCUUCUUUCGAGCAAAUAAACGUUUCAUCCAGCCAUGUUACUUCCGGUGAAUCCCAGUAG